GGCUACGUCCAGUAGGCUGACUGCGACGUUUCCGCCGUACUGCGCUGCAGCAUGGACGGGGCCAAUCCGACUUCCCCUGUCAAUCCCCUAGCUCCUUAUCCUCCGCUACUGCCGACGGAAAUCCGGAGUCGUGCCCCAGAGUUCUACGGCUUCGUUGCAUGGACCUCCACCUGUCUCCUCUUCUGCUUCUUUUUGCUAUGGGCUUUGCUGCCAGAUGAUUAUAUUUCCUGGCUCGGUGUCACUUGGUACCCCAGUCGGGAGUGGACCCUCCUGCUGCCCGCAUACUCGAUCAUCCUCGUCCUUCUCACCUACUUCACCUACUUCGCGCUGGCGUUUGCCGACACACCCGGUUUCGCCGACAUAUGCACGAUAACAGGUGCGUUCUCUUGCGCCGCCGCAGACCGUGCCGGGUCUAGCCCGUAUGCCGCGGCCGCCCAGCCAGGCGCCAUCCCGCUUAUGUAUGACGUCCCGAUCGGCCUCGUCAACCGCGUCAUGUACAGCGGGCGGUCGACACGAAGCAGGGCCCGUGCGGUCCCGCCCGAGUAUCCUCACUACGACCGCCCUGAGGAUGCCUCGUGCGGGGCAUCUGGGCCACAGCGAUAA